AUGGAGACAGCAGCCCGAUUCGACGGUCUUGGCCUCUCCAUCACCGGCAUUGGUCGCCAAUACCCGCCUUUCGCGCUCGGCCCAGACUCGCUCGAGGCUGUGAGCAAGCGUUUCUACCCCAAGUCGCCAGCGAUGGACAAGGUGCUCUCGAUCAACAGAUAUACCGGCAUAGACGCGCGCUCGUCCAUCGGCCAGCCCGACCAUCCGCUCGUCAACCAGGAAGCGGCACCGUCCAUAGCCGAGCUGAACAAGGCCUUUUUUGACGACGGUGUGCCGCUUGCUGUCAGCGCAGCACAAAAGGCCAUCACGGAGGCACACAUCGACCUGACCCAGAUCACCCACGUGGUCUCGACCACGUGCACCAACAGUGCCAACCCCGGCUACGACCACUUUGUCGUCAAGGGCCUAGGCAUCACCCAUCAGGUCGAAAAGGUGCUCCUGCACGGCGUCGGAUGCAGCGGCGGUCUUGCUGCACUGCGCACUGCCGCCAACCUGGCUCUCGGUCAUGCCAUGCGCCGCAAGCCGGCUCGCAUCCUUGUCGUUGCCCUGGAGCUUAGCACCAUCAUGGUGCGGAGCGAGCUCGACAGCAUCCACGCGUCCCAAGAAACUAGGAUCGGCGUCGCCCUCUUCUCCGACUGUGCGAGCGCGCUGGUGCUGAGCAAUGGCAUCGGCGAGUCGGCUGAGCCUGUUUACGACCUUCUCGGCUGGGAUCAUCGUGUGAUCCCGGAUUCUGAAAAGGACCUGGGAUUCAAUGUCGAUCCACUCGGCUGGAAGGUCGUACUGUCACCACGAGUACCGCAGCUGACGGCUGCCCAGCUGUCUCCAGCGUUUGCCGAUCUCAUCGCGUCUGUGCCAGAGCUACCGUCAGCGUAUCAGAAGCCGGAUGAUUUUGACUGGGCCAUGCAUCCCGGCGGUGCCACCAUCCUGACCGGUGCAGAACGCGCCAUGGACAUCACGCCAGAACACAUGCGGGCAAGCUACGAUACGUACAUCAACCACGGCAACUCCAGCUCGGCCACCAUAUUCAGCGUAUUGGACCGUCUGCGAGACAAAGACAUGGAUACCAUCGCGCCCGGUGGCACUCCCAAGGAAUACAUCGUUGGCUGUGCCUUUGGGCCUGGAAUCACGGUGGAAAUGUGCGUGUUGAAGCGCCAUAUGGGACGUUCGGGAUUGGACACGCCACCGACGUCUGAAAGCGAGGUCGGCCAUAGCGAAGCGGAUGCGGGGGAUCUAUUUAUAAGCUCUGCCAUCGCCGGCGUCGAGCUGGACUAG